GCGUGCGCCUGCGCACGGGAGGUCGGAGGAGUCUUACCCUAAUGUAAGAUGGUGGCCCGUCUGGCUGUGGAACCCACCGAAAGCUGAGAGUCUCUCUCUCUCAGCGGUAAAGGUCGGACUCGCUGAAGCAAUCAGGUCCGGUUCUGAAGAGGUUUUUCCCCGACGCUCGCUCAGUGGUCUCUUGUGAGGACGCGGCAGCGCGUGGAGUCGGCUAAGGGAAAAGCGAGGCAAGGCAGGAGGGUCUUUGAAGUUCUACAUUUUAGUGUUCCGUGCUGAACUUCCUUCUCCCUUAAAUUAUUAUAAACUUUUGCUGCUGUUUAAUAAACGUGAAGAUGUCUCGCAGUCCUGAUGCGAAGGAAGACCCUGUGGAAUGUCCUCUUUGCAUGGAGCCAUUGGAGAUAGAUGAUAUCAACUUUUUCCCUUGCACCUGUGGCUACCAGAUUUGCCGAUUUUGUUGGCAUCGAAUUCGCACUGAUGAAAAUGGGCUUUGUCCUGCAUGUAGAAAGCCAUAUCCAGAAGACCCAGCAGUUUAUAAACCACUCUCCCAGGAGGAACUGCAAAGGAUAAAGAAUGAGAAAAAACAGAAACAAAAUGAGAGAAAACAGAAAAUAUCAGAAAAUCGCAAACAUUUGGCUAGUGUACGUGUUGUACAAAAAAACCUCGUCUUUGUUGUAGGUCUGUCUCAGCGCCUGGCAGACCCAGAGGUUUUAAAACGACCAGAAUAUUUUGGGAAGUUUGGUAAAAUACAUAAAGUUGUCAUCAAUAAUAGCACAUCAUAUGCAGGCUCACAGGGUCCAAGUGCCAGUGCUUAUGUAACCUAUAUCCGGUCAGAAGAUGCUCUCAGAGCCAUACAGUGUGUCAACAAUGUGGUGGUAGAUGGCAGAACACUUAAGGCAUCGCUAGGUACAACAAAAUACUGCAGUUACUUUUUAAAGAAUAUGCAGUGUCCAAAGCCUGACUGCAUGUAUCUACAUGAAUUGGGGGACGAGGCAGCCAGCUUCACAAAAGAGGAAAUGCAGGCGGGUAAACACCAAGAAUAUGAACAGAAGCUACUUCAAGAAUUAUAUAAAUUAAACCCUAAUUUUCUUCAACUAUCUACGGGUUCAGUUGAUAAGAAUAAGAACAAAGUGACACCACUGCAGAGGUAUGAUACCCCCAUUGACAAACCUUCAGAUUCUCUCAGUAUAGGGAAUGGCGAUAAUUCCCAGCAGAUAUCUAACAGUGAUACACCUUCACCACCACCUGGUUUAUCCAAAUCUAAUCCAGUCAUCCCUAUCAGUUCAUCCAACCACAGUGCACGGUCUCCUUUUGAAGGGGCAGUAACUGAGUCACAGUCGUUAUUCUCAGACAACUUUCGCCAUCCCAACCCUAUCCCAAGUGGGCUUCCUCCUUUCCCCAGCUCCCCACAGACAUCCAGUGACUGGCCUACAGCACCAGAGCCACAGAGCCUCUUCACAUCAGAAACAAUCCCAGUAUCAUCCUCUACAGACUGGCAAGCAGCAUUUGGCUUUGGUUCUUCUAAACAACCAGAGGAUGACUUGGGUUUUGAUCCCUUUGAUGUCACUCGAAAAGCCUUAGCAGACCUGAUUGAAAAGGAGCUAUCAGUCCAAGACCAGCCUUCCCUUUCGCCCACAUCUCUUCAGAACUCCUCUUCACACACUACAACCGCCAAAGGUCCAGGCUCUGGAUUCCUGCAUCCUGCUGCACCUACAAACGCCAACUCUCUCAAUAGUACCUUUUCAGUCUUGCCACAGAGGUUCCCUCAGUUUCAGCAGCACCGAGCGGUUUAUAAUUCAUUCAAUUUUCCAGGCCAGGCAGCCCGCUAUCCUUGGAUGGCCUUUCCACGCAAUAGCAUCAUGCACUUGAACCACACAGCAAACCCCACCUCAAAUAGUAAUUUCUUGGACUUGAAUCUCCCACCACAGCACAACACAGGUCUGGGAGGGAUUCCUAUAGCAGGGGAAGAAGAGGUGAAGGUUUCGACCAUGCCACUGUCAGCCUCUUCCCAUUCAUUACAACAAGGACAGCAGCCUACAAGUCUCCACACUACUGUGGCCUGACAACAGAACUGAGAGGAGAGGAUUAGACUCUGGGGUGCUUGCAUGGGCAGCCGGAUUUUUGCAUGAUUCCUUUCUGAUUUUGCAUUUAAUGUAUACACACCCAAAAGAGCCAAUAUAAACGUUCCUCAUGCCUACAACUAGUGUGUUACCUCAUAGUUGCUAAAGUAUUUCUUUAUUAGGCCUUUAACACAAGUUAUUAGCAUAAUAAUUUUGGCAUUGUUUCUCAUGAGUGAUACUAUUUUAACUCACACAAAUAAACUUGUAGUACUAAUUAAGAUCCCAGAGGAGAUUAGCUAGAAGUGUUCUUAUUUUGGUUCUAUUAUUGAAAAUAUACAAAGGUAAUGGUAGUUCCUUGUUUUCUGAUAUGUGAAAAAAAAUGGUAAUAUCCUAAUAUACUCAUGAAAACUUUGAAAAUUAAGAAGAUAAUGUCUAUUGCAUUCUUUGAAUACUUGAGAAGAAAGAAUACAUAUAAAACAAAAUUGGUGGUGUCAUUUAAUGCUCAGAAGGAUGUUGUCAGCAACUGUUUUUAGUUGUGUGCAUUUAUGUUCUAUAUUAUGCAUUACAUGUCUAGAAACUGUUUUUGUUCUCUCUCAUUUGCACAUUUGCACUUUCUUUUAAAUGGUUGUUAAUUAUAUAGGGACAGUUAAAAGAUAAUUAUUACAGACUAAAUGCAAUAUAAUCUCUUUUCCAGUGCAUUGCCUAGUAUAUCAGGAAAUGCCUCAGAAAGGUAAUUUCAGCGUAUAGUUGAUUUGUCAGAAACUUGAAUAUGGGGUAAACAUUGUGUGUGAGAAACAACCAUAGUGGUGUAACAUUUUUAGUCAACAAACGGAAGUUCUGUGGGAUAUCUGUUUGGAAAUUUCAUUGUUUAAUAAUUGAAACGUGAUAAUAAAACAAUAUUAAAAGUACCUGACCAGAAUGAGACUAAGGUAGAAGAGGAGAGAUUGGGGAUCUUCUAAAAUUAGGCCACGUAAGUUGUCAGAGCUAAUUUUAGUUAAUCUCAGGAAAUAGUAGAGUACUUUAUUAGGAGAUAAUGUGCAGUGAUGUUUUUGGAUAAUACACAAUUUCUUGAAAUAGUUUUAUAACUGAAAAUGAAAGAAAAUAAACUAUGUUCAGUCUAUGCAGUGGACAAAAGCUGAUUCAGAAAACAUGACCAUGUUCUGCCUAAAUUAAGCAUCUGGGAAGAAAAGGGGAAAGUCAGAGCUCCUCUUGAUUUUCAAAACACAGUUGUGAUAAAAGAUUUGCCUUAAUUUGUUAAAAAUAUCGAAAGGGUAAUAUGAUGACCAAAAAAGGAAUCCUAGAGAUUUAAAAUAGUAAUAAUAGUAAAACACCGUAUUAGGGGAUGAUACUUAAUAUCAUGUUAGAGUUGGAGUUUCCAGGGUUACCUCUCUACAUAAAGUCUGAUUACUUUGUAUUGGAUAUAAUGCAACAAAUUAAAUGGCUUUGUCCUGAGGUAUAGGGGGAUAAACUAAAAUCUAUUCUUAGAUAUCCUUAGAUUUGUUUAAGUGAGGGUGUAGAAACAGCUAAUUAUCUAGCCAUUUAAAUUAUUUUUGUGAAAUUCUGCAUAAAUGACAAUCUCUAAUUUCUAUUUAGAAGUGGCUUUAAGACAGAGUUAAAAUAAAUUUAGAAAAGACAAAUAAAAUGUUGUAGACUUAUUAGACAGAAGCUCUUUAUCAUGGGUUAAUUAUGGUUUUUGCUAUAAGAGGUCAAGACAUCCACUUAAUGUCUCCUGGGGUGUUAUGGCUCCUGGGUUUUGUUAACAAACUCGAGCUCCUUGUAAUGAAGCUUAUGAGCGCAUGGCUUUCUCCAGCCUUCAAUGCAAACCUUGCAUUCCCUGGAUCUUCUUACAAAGACAUAAGAGGUGGUUAGCUCCCAUUUACUUACCUAUCUGCGUUGAGAGAUACACCUGUUAAAUAAGGUUUCUUUCCUGUAAUAGCUUUUUCUUUCCUUCCUCAUUUUUAGCCAGUGCCAAAAACCUGUCAAGAUAGUUUGUCCAGACUUGCUAGAGCCCAGAACUGUCUCCCUGUCUGCUUCUCCCCGCCGACCUGCACCUUCCAUGCACACCAUACAUCAGGAAAAUGCUUCUUGGGCAAUUAGGCUUCAACUUAUAUAUUUUCACAUAGAAUAGCUAAAGAUCAUCCUUUAACUAACUUUAUAAUU